CAAUUGUCUUCUUCUUCUUCCUCUUCUUCAUCAUCAUCAUUCGUAGCAAGAGAACCGCCAACGAAUUUGGAUCCAAAUCGAAUCCCUUCCAUUCCAUUCCUCUCAUCUCUAUCCCCAUUCAUUGGCUCCAAUCCCACUCCCCAAACCCUAUCUUCUCUUCCUUUUUUACCAUCAAAUUGUCCUCUUUUUUUUGGAAAUCAAUCUGUUAAUCGGUUCCAGGAAUCCGAUCGAUUCAUUCAUCGGUCUUGCGGUUUGGUUCUGCUGUAUCUUGAAUUAUGGAUAGACUCAAUAAUCCGGCACGUCUGAUGAUUGUUUCCGAUCUUGAUCAUACAAUGGUUGAUCACCAUGACGCCGAGAACCUUUCGCUGCUCAGGUUUAAUGCGUUGUGGGAAUCCACUUACCGUCAUGAUUCUCUGUUGGUGUUCUCAACUGGAAGGUCUCCCACGCUUUACAAAGAGUUAAGGAAGGAGAAGCCCAUGUUAACUCCGGAUAUCACUAUAAUGUCUGUGGGGACGGAGAUAACUUACGGUGAAGCAAUGGUGCCAGAUGAUGGUUGGGAAGAGUAUCUCAAUAAUAAGUGGGACAGGAACAUUGUUAUUGAGGAGACAUCCAAGUUUUCUCAACUAAAAUUUCAAUCGGAAACGGAGCAGCGACCUCACAAGGUUAGCUUCUAUGUUGAGAAGGAGCAUGCUCGGGAAAUAAUGAAGUCUCUUUCAGGGAGCCUUGAGAAACGUGGGUUGGAUGUGAAAAUAAUUUAUAGUGGUGGAAUGGAUCUUGAUAUACUGCCUCAAGGUGCUGGAAAAGGACAAGCUCUUGCAUAUUUGCUUAAGAAGUUCAAAGCCAUGGGGAAACCACCAGUGAAUACUCUUGUUUGUGGUGACUCUGGCAAUGAUGCUGAACUCUUCAGCAUUCCGGAAGUUCAUGGUGUCAUGGUCAGCAAUGCUCAAGAGGAAUUGUUGCAGUGGCGUGCUGAAAAUGCCAAAGACAAUCCGAAAAUAAUCCAUGCCACUGAAAGGUGUGCCGCUGGCAUUAUCCAGGCUAUUGGCCAUUUCAAGCUUGGUCCUAAUGUAUCUCCUAGAGAUGUGGUGGACUUAUCAAGUACCAAAUCUGGCCAUUUCAACCCAGGCCACGAAUUGGUUAACUUUUAUUUGGUGCACGAAAGGUGGUGUCGUGGUGAAAUUGAAAAGUCUGAAGAGCUUAUCCAGAAUUUGAAAAAUAUUACAUGUUCUGGUGGGGUCAUAAUUCAUCCAUCUGGAGUUGAGCAUUCCCUUCAUCAAUGCAUAGGAACAUUUGGGCCACGCUAUGGUGAUAAACAAGGGAAGCAGUUUCGAGUGUGGGUGGAUAAGGUUUCCUGUUCACAAAUCGGCUCAGGUGCUUGGCUGGUGAAGUUUGAUAAGUGGGAGAUAAAUGAUGGAGGGAGGCAAUGUUGUCUUACAACAGUCUUGCUCAAUUCCAAGGUUGAUAACUCAGAAGGAUUCCAAUUGGUGCAUGUUCAUCAGACAUGGCUGGAAGGCUAUGCAGCAACAGAUCAAACAUCUUGGAUUUGGUAAAAUGAAAUUUUACAGCAGCUCUUGGUGAUACAUCAAUUUGAGUGCAGUUUCUUCAUCCUAACUGCCUUUUUCAUUGUAAUAAUAAAUAUCCAAAACUACACAAAACUCACUUCUGAGUUACUUGCUUUUUCUAUUUUGAUGAUGCUAUUGUCCUGUUCUUCAUAA